AUGCACCGGACUUCAGAUCUUCCUGAUCAAUCUCCGGCCGCCUCUGACCUCGCCCAACAGUUUGCCUGCAAGAUUGAUCUCAACGGCUGCCAUGACCAGAGCGCCGACCAAUCACCGCCCUCAGAUCUAGAGAUUGGUGUCGACGACCACGAUUUUACCUUCGCCUGUUUAGGCGAUCCUGAAUCACCGGUUUCCGCAGACGAAGCAUUCCACAACGGUCAGAUCAGGCCGAUUUUUCCGGUUUUUGACCAGAACCUCGCGUUCGCCCCGGACGAGGUGGAGUUGCCUAUUCGGCCGCCGGUGAAGAAGGUCUUCGUCGAGGCGGAUUCCACCUCGGCGGGGACGUACUGCGAGUGGUCUGGAAAGGAGGUUGAAGCGCCGUCGCCGGUGGUCUGUAAGAAGAGCAACUCCACCGGAUUUUCGAAGCUCUGGAGGUUCCGGGACCUGCUCAGUCGGAGCAGCAGCGACGGCAGGGACGCGUUCGUGUUUCUCAACGGUUCCCCGGCGGCGAGUUCGAGUAGAGACGACAAAACAGAAAAGAGCGAGGGCGCGUCGGCGAAGAAGGCCGCCGCCGCCGGUGUGAAAGCGAAAGCGAAAGCGAAAGCGAAGAAGAGCGGGAAGGGACAAACGCCGUGUAAUUCGGCUCACGAAUUGCAUUACGUGAGAAAUAAAGCUUCAAGGGAAGCAGAACGCCGACGUUCGUACUUGCCGUACCGGCCGGAGCUCGUUGGAUUCUUCACCAACACACAUGGCGGAUUAAGCAAGAACAUACAUCCAUAUUAG